CUGCCUGCGCCUGCCUCCCCGCUAGGCGCAGGGCGCGGCGCACAGCAUGCCAGUCGGCCUGGGCGGGGCGGGCGUGGCGGCGUCGGUGCAGGACACGGCCGCGCCGCGCUGCGCCGCGCCUGUGCUGCGCGAGGCGGAGGCCGAGGCGGCGGUGUCUGGCUCUGCUGACGAGCUGGCCGCCACACGCCCCCUACCCGGUGGGGGGGUCGGGGGUCGCCUGCGGGUGCAGGGCGUGCUGGGCCCCCUGCCGCCCCGCGCCCGCACGCCGCCACCCGAGGGGGGCCGCACGCGCCUGGUGUUCUGGCCGCACGCGGGGCCCACCAGCCGCCGCGGCUCCCUCAUGGAGUACGAGGUGACGCGCCGCAGCCACGACAGCCUCGCCGCCAGGCACUACGCCUCCCGCGACUCCCUCAGCGAGCUGGACGCCUCCCUGACCCUGCCAAACCACUCCGCGCUGCAGGAGAGGGACGGCAACAAGCACCAGGAGAGCUUGGAGCUGGACCAUUCACAGGAAGAGGUGCCGGAGAUGAGCGAGAGGCUGUUCAAGGUCAUCAUCAUAGGAGACCCGACGGUGGGCAAGACGUCCUUCGUGCAGCGCUACGUUCAGGACUCCUUCAGGCGCGACUACAAGGGAACGGUCGGGGUGGACUUCGCGCUCAAGAUCCUCAAAUGGUCAGACUCGGAAACCAUCAAAUUGCAGCUGUGGGACAUUGCAGGUCAGGAGCGGUUUACAUGGAUGACACGGGUAUACUAUAAGGACGCCCAAGGUUGCAUCAUCAUGUUCGACCUGACCAACCGCUCGUCCUUCCUCAACACCCUCAAGUGGAAGAAGGACGUGGACUCGAAGUGCACGCUGGAUGAUGGCUCGCCUAUACCCUGCAUGCUACUGGCCAACAAGUGUGACCUCCCGCACCGGCAAGUGGACCAGCUGGAGAUCGAGCGUCUGUACAAGGAGCACAACUUUACUGGCUGGACGGAGACCUCGGCGAAGGAAGGACUCAUGGUGACCGACUCCAUGCGCUUCCUCGUCGAUGUUAUGAUGCGACAAAAGAAUGACGCAGAUGACGACUCCGAUGGCUCGUCGCUGCGCCUCUCCGCCGCUGAACCCGAAGUCAGCAGGUCCUGUUACUGCUGAGUGGCCCACAAGUACUGCUGAGCGUCCAUUCCAAUGAUACAUCUCAGCAGACCGUCAGCAGGUUCUGAUACUGCUGGGAGUCACUGCUGCUGCUGUUGCUGUUCCUGCUGAGCCUCUCCUUACCCUUCAGCAGUACUUGUGACACUUAAGCAGGUCAGGUCAGAAGAGGUCAGCAACGAGUCAGCAGGUCAGCGGAUGGCCAGGAAGAGAUCAGUGGUAGGAUGUCAGCGAGAGGAGGAACCCACAAGAAGUCGGCAAAUGAAAAAAUAGGGUCAGCAAAGUCAGCAUGAGGUCAAAGGAUGGAAAGCCAGGUCACGAAUCAGUCAGCAAGUCAGGAAACCACUCUCGAAAACUCUCCUCGGCAAGUCAGUUAGAUAAUGAUAGAAUCUCACGAGGUCAGCAGACACCAGCCAACAGGUCACCAAGUCAGGAAACCACUCACAAAAACUCGCCGCACACUCUCCAUCACUUGUACGAGAACCAUUGCAAAGAUAUACACUAUAAAAAAAUCCAGCCGCUCUGAAGUCAGUUUGGGCAGGGAGUGCUCGGGAAGUUCUUAGGCCACAGCGCUGCCAAGUCUUGUUUAAUGUAUACAGAAUAUUUGAUACAAAAUUGAUGAUGACGCAUGAGGGAGAGUGAUGUCAAGGGUAAUGUGGCAGUGCUGUGAAGAGGUACGGACCCCACCCAAACUGACUUAAAAUUUGUGUCGGACUAUAAGAAGAGACAGAAAGGGGAUUAAGAAGUUUCCAUGACUCUGGGUUACCUUCCAAUGGCUUUGCUUAACCCGGUACCAGCGACGGGCCAAAUUUGUGGCUUUACCGUGUAUGUACCAGCGACGGGCCAAAUUUGUGGCUUUACCAUGUAUGUACCAGCGACGGGCCAAAUUUUUCCCAUAACAUAAACCCCCCCUAAAAUAGAUGAUGCAUAAACUGAUCACAAAUUCAUUGAUAUGUAUUUUGAAAUGGUUUGCGUGAGUGAUGAUUUUUUCUCAUUUUUCUCGCUUAGAGGGGACAAAAUGAUCCCCGCAGCUACCGGGUUAAAAGGGUAAUUAUUUGUGUCUACGGUUUUGAACGACAUCAUUGAUAAAGGAAGUAAAAGGUAGUAAAAGAAAGGUCUGGCCGUCUAUACAUAGUUAUCACACGUAGCAACUGUAUAAAUGUUUCAAUAAAAGUUUGUUAGGCUUAGUAAUGUUGAAUGUAAAAUAAUUUAGAUGUAGAGUUAAGGGAUGAGUCUAAUAUACCUUGCAUCAACACCACCACCACCACACAUAUGCACACCACUGUCAACCCACUACAAUAUCAACACCACACCACCACCAACACUCUGAUAAAGGGGAUACUAAUGAGGUUUUGUUGGUAAGAGAGCUGGGUAAAACACGUAUCAAUGGGUUUAAGUUGGAUAUAUUCAGAUUCAACAAAGACAUAGGCAAGAAUCGGUUUAUUAGUAGAGUCGUGGAUGAGCGGAACAGGCUUAGCAGUCAUGUUAUAAGUGCCAAUACCAUAGACACAUUCAAGAAGAGGUUGGAUAAGUUUAUAGUGAGGAUAGGAGGGGUUAGGUUCACAGGAGUUGCCUUGUAUAGGUCUACCAGCCUUUUGCAGACACCACCACCACCAUUACCAUCACCACCAACACUAAAACCACUGCCACCACCACCAACACCACCAGGAGAAAAACAGCAUCACCAUCAACUCCAUCACCAACACCACCAAUUACAAUUCAAAGGACUAUAAAUAAAUGAUUCUGCAUUUUGAAGGUUAAGUUACAAGUCUUUCAUUUUUAUACCUUAAGCAACGUCUGUGUGUGUGUGUGUGUGUGUGUGUAACUGCUUGAUAAUUUUGCAGAGACACACACACAAAAGGUGCAGAAAGAGAGGAAAAUAAAGGAGAAAAAAGUGAGGAAAGAGGAGAGAAAAUAGUGGAGUUGACACAAUAAAAUAAAAAAGGGAGAUAAAGAAGCAAGGGAAGAAAAAGGAAUAGGAAAAAAUAGAGGCGGCAAGAGGAGAAAUA